AUGUUUUUUUGCGUUUUAUUGAUUUCUGCAACGGACAACUACGAUUCUAAUAUAAAUCAUUCAAAUAACAUACUUUACAGUAAUUUAUGUAACAUUUUUAUCGCAGCAGAUAAUACACAACAAAAUAAAAUAUUUGAAGAUUUAUCAUGUAAUGGUGAAAUGCAGAUAGAAAAUAAUUUGGUUGUCGGACCUAAACAAAGGACUUCAAAACACUGUUUAGAUGAUUAUCGUACGAACAAUAUGACCAACAUACUUACGAAAUAG